AAAUGCAAUUAUGUGUGUGACAGAUAUUUUAUUGUUCGAUCUUAAAUAAAUAUUUUGGGGGAGCAGUUACACCGAGUCAGGUCAUUAAUUGCUCCGAAUAACGAAUUCCUAUUGUCCAUUGGAAUCUGAAUUGUUUAGCUGAGGGAUAUUUUGAUCUGAAAUGUAACAUGAGUGAGGAGGAUCCUCGUUCUCAAGGCUUGGAAACAGCACCAACUGACUUCAAUUUCCUUCCAAACAGCGGCUCAGACUUGGAGGGGACCUCUGACGAAAAUGAAGAGAUAGCUACAAAAUUGUGUUUGACCGCCAGGAAAAUGGACGAAAUGUUAGACUACAUGAUUGCCUCAAAACCAUCGAGAAAAGAUAGUGCCAAAAAGAUUACAAAAUCUCAAAAUCGACCUUGUCAUUCUCUUCGUAAUCGGCAGAGAGCUAAAGACGAACUGACGAGUGUAAGGAACACUCGUCCACGAAGUGCUGAGGCUAAAUCACAGGAGAGAAAACAAUCCCGAGGAAUAUCGCUAAGUGUAAAUCAACAAUCUGUUGAAAUGAGGCGAAGAAUACUAGAAUUGGAGAAAGAAGUUGAACUCUUGAGGAAUGAAAACAGAUCACUACGCCAACAGUCUUCAAAACCAAGUCCAGUAAAAAGGUUAUCAGAAGAAACUAUACACAACAGGAUUCAGUCCGGGAUGAAGAAGGAAAAGAGAAUGUACGAGGUGUUAUUAUCAGAUAAUGAGAAGAAAUUCCACGAACUGGAAUCAAAGCAUAGGUACCUUAUAGAGGACAAAGACACUUUACACUCAAGAAUAAAAAUAUUUGAAAAGGAAAUAGAAAAGCACAUGAGCACACUUCAGCAAACAAGAAAAGAACUCUUCGCAGUUACAGAAACCAACAAGGAGAUGGAGGAAGAAAAUAGAUUGCUAAAAAAGGAAAACCAGUCUCUUAAAUCCAGGAUACAAAGCAUGGAUACAAAAUUAUUUGAAGACUCCGAACACGAGUUGAUUCUCAGACAACACAUGAGAGAGGAGUACGAGAAGAAGCUGAACAAACUAGAAAAAGAAAUCCUAUCAAUGAAGACGAAAGUGGAAAAGAAAAGGGACAUUUCCAAAGCCCAAGGUAAACAGGAAAUAGGAAUUGUGACGGAACACUAUCAGACUGUAAUAAAAAAUCUUCAAAGUGACAGGGAAAAGUUACAAAGAGAAAGAGAUGCUGCAAUAUUAAGAAUUCAUCAGUACAAAGAGAAAUGGAGUGAAAAAUGUAAGCGGGACGAGGUAAAAAGCAGAGGAAAGAUACAGGUUCUUGAGAGACAGGUCCGAGAAAUGCAAAUGGAAAAGGGUUUCCUGGAAGAGGAAAAACAAUCGUUAGAAGAAAGAAUAAGCAAAAUGAUGGAGAAAAAGGGCCAGGAGGCUGAAACAUUAAUACACAUUGAGGAAGUUCUACGCAAACACGACAAUGACCUAGAAAAGCAAGUACAGGCGUUGCAACGAGAAAAUGAGGAAUGUAACAUGGAAAAAGAAAACCUGGAGGAACAGAUAAAACAACACGAAAGAAGCAGAGACAAUAUGCAAAACCAGUUGAAAACAACACGAGAGGUCUUGGAGAACAGGAUAAGUGAAUUAUACCAAAAGAAUGAACGGCUCCAGACAGAAAACACGGAAUUAAAACGCUGCUCAGAGACCAAAAAGGGUGAUUUGAUACGAACACUAACGGAAACCAUAGGACAAGAAGAAUCCUCAAAAAGGGACAGGGAGCAGCAAUUCCAUAGCAUGAUCGAGACUUUUCAGAAAGAGAAGAAGGAACUGGAUGAAGAGCUGAACUUUCUUCGAGGGAGAUUAAAAGAAAUUGAAGAGGAGAAAGAAAAGGUUGUUAAAUUACAAGAAAUUGCAACAAAAUCACAGAAAGAAGAAAUCGACAAAUAUGAAACAGAAUUAAAAUCUCUUCUGGAAGAAAAGAACUUCUUGAUCCAAAGAUUUAAAGAUAUGGAGAUCAAGAAAAAUGAACUGAAGAAUGAAUCAGAGACUAUGAAAAAUCAGUUGAAGAUUGAAUAUGAAGAAGCUGUUGAUAAAAUCAGAAGCGAGAACAACAUCCUAAAACAAGAAAAGGAAACAUGUCAAGCCAAAAUUGAUGAACUGGAAUACACACUUACUGUGAAAGAGAUAGACGACGAAGAGAAUAAACAAACGGAGAUUGCAAAUUAUCAGAAAACAAUUGAAGACCUGCAGGAAGAUAUAGCAAGAGAAAGACAGAGAUUUCACGAAAAAGAAGACAAGUGGAAAAUUGUCAUGCAGUCUCAAGCAGAAAAAGAAGAGGCGCUUAAUAUCAGAAAUGCCAGUCAGGAGAGAACGGUACAAAAAUAUCUCAAAGAGAUCGAAACAUUGAAAAACAGAAUUUUGGAUCACGAGCAAGGAAUAGGUCAUUAUCAAAAUCAGAUAGAAAAUAUUUUGCAAGAAAAAGUACUAAUCCAAGCACAAUUAAAAGAAUAUCAGAACAAGAAAGACGAUAUUUCAAACGAGGCGAUGGUGCUACAUAUUCAAGCAGAAAGUAAGAAACUAAAGGAAAUAGAGGAACAGCUAGAAAGAGAAAACCAGGAUCUGAAAUCAGAGAGACAAACUGCGGAGGUCGAGAAAAAAAAUCUUCAGGAAAGGGUUCGGUCUUUGGAAAAUCAACUGAAAUUACAAGAAAGCAGAGUAAACAAUUUGACGCAGGACAAAACACAGUUAAUUAAGAAUAAUGAAGAAAUUCGGACAAGACUUAAUAAAAGUGAAACUCUUAACAAGAACAGUGAAAGUGACAGUAAAGGCUUAGGUGCCAGUGAUGUAAACGUGGAGGAGCUCGGCACACGGUUCACUGCCUUGUAUCAGGAGGAGUAUCUGGGGUCAUUGAGGUCAUUAACAUGUGAUCAGGAACUUUGUCUGGACGAAAGGGAUGCCAUGGAAUGUCUCCUGGGUAUUCUGCAGACAAUUUAUAAAGAUUGUGGACGAAUUUCAGAGGAACAACUGGAUGACUUACAAAUUGUAAUGGGAAUGGAGAUGGAGAGUGAAGAAAACUUAACAAAAGUGAGAAAUAUUAGAAACUAUGUGGCGGUGGACUGUUUAUCUAACGUAUCAAAGAAAGUCAAACAGGGAUCUUUACAGAAAUCUUACUCAGAGUGUCUCGAACAUUGUGAAAAUUUUGCUGAUAAAUCUAUUGAACUGUGUUGGCUAAUGAAAAACUUAGAUCCGCCUAUCAUACUAGACUUUUCUAUGCAGGAAAGUGAUACCCUGGAUGAGUCCAAGUAUCGAUUGUUUUCAGAGUCAGAUGAGGGUGUGGACAUUCUAGUGUGGCCAGUUCUAUUAUAUAAAGGAGACGUUAUUCAGAAAGGAGUUGUAAAGGCAGCUGAAGGAGAUUGAGUCAUUUCUUCACCGUGUGCACAGAUUUACAAACAAGCUGAAAAACAAUGUCCAUGUACAGUGCAUGUAGUGACACAUAUGUACCGGAAACUUGUACAUAGAAAUAAAGAUGUCCAAAACUGUUGUAAAA